AUGAGCCCCGCUCGUGCGGGUAUAACCGUCAACACAAUCCACUCGACUCGAGGGAUGAACAACUUAGUUCAGCAGCAGAGGAUAGGUGGGAGAGGCCCCGGACUCUGUAAAUUGGAACGGCAGCGAGCUGAACUGGUUGGAGCAUUUAAGAAGCAGAUGAAAUUCAUUGACGUGUUGAAGCGGCAGAAGGUUCAUGUGGAAGCUACUCGAUUGCUAUCGUUCACUGAGGAAGAGUUUAUUUCUUCAUUAGAGCUCGGGGGGAAGCUCAAGUAA